GUUUCCAAUUUCUCUCUCUAAUUUUCCAAUUUCCGGGAAAACAGUUUCCUGGUAAAAUGCAGAAUCCGGACGAUAUUCGCAAUCUUCCUAUCGAUAUCACGUUUUCUCGUCUCGGAGAAUGGUUGGUUGACCGGAAAAGAGUUCCCGCUGAUUGGCGGAAACGUCUCACUUCAAUCAGGGCUCGGAUUUCAACGGCGUUCGCUUCGCUGCCUAAGGAGAUCGAUCCCUAUUUCCAAACCCUAGAUCCUGAAGGAAUUGGUUAUAUAGAAGCCAAACAAAUAUACGAUAUUCUUCUGAGGUCAACCCCAGAAAGUCGGAAUAUUUUUGGACGGCUAUCGGGUGCUGCUGGUGUUUGGGAAGCAAUAGUUCGUGCUUUUGAGAAAGAUCAUAUCUUCCUUGGUGAGGCUGCUCAGAUAAUGGUCCAAAAUGUCAAUUAUGAAAUCCCGUAUCAGAAAAAGCAGGUGCAGAAGAUUCAGCAACAACUAGCAGAACUAGAGCGCAAGGAAGCUGAUAUAAAAAGAAAUGCAGCCUUAUCAGCAGCUAAAUAUGCUGAGGCUUGUCAAGAGCUUGGAUUACAGGGAAACAAUGUGAGAUUGGAACUUCUAGAGACUACAAAAACACUUCCUAGUAUAUUUAGCAAGUUUCUGGAAGUUAUUAGCAGCGACUGUGUGUUGCAGGCUAUGGAGUAUUAUUCAAAUUUUGUCAGAGAUGCUCAUACAGAAAAGGAUAAAAUGUCACGGACUGUGCUGAUAAAUUUAGGGGAUGUUCGAGAAAAUCCCCCUUGUUUGAAUGUUUCUGCAGGCUCUGAUGUCCUUGAUUCUAUGAAUGUUCAACCGAGCUCUCAUGAAACAAACAAUAUGACUGAGGUCAUGGAUGUUCCAGCUGAUUAUAUUGACUGGGAUAUUUCUGUGGACAGCUCUCAGAUUGAUUGGGAUAUUGGAACUGUGGAAGAAACAGAUGAUACUGGCAAUGGAUUGGGUCCUUAUGAGAUUGUUAAUGCCAGUGAGAUUUUACAGAACAUAUCACCAACUGGUGCUGUAGAAUCUGACCAGACCCUGUUAAAGAAAGAGGAAGAUGGCCUAGUACCAGGGAUGUCUGCUUCAGAUAUAUCUUGGGAUAUUUGUGUUGAGAAUCCACAAGUUGAUGAGGUGGAAGAUGUUAUUUUUCCAAAUGAAGACAUGAAAACUCAGGCAUCUGUUUUAGAUACUAGAACCCAAACCCCUGAAAUCAAGGAAGAUAGGAGCCAGCUUCUGGAAACAGAGUACAGGAAUAAGAUUCUAGAUGAUCUAUUUGAGAUGAAAGCAUUUUUAAAUCAACGAUUGGUGGAGUUGAGGAAUGAAGAAACUUUGUCCUUGCAACACCAAGUCCAGGCAGUUGCUCCCUUUGUGCUGCAGCAAUACACCCCUGAUGCCAUUCAAGCAAUGCUAUCUGAUGUUUCCUCUGCCAUUUCCUUGCUAACAAAUAGGAAAAUGCAAGAUUUGAUUAUGAUUCUCAACUCCAAAAGAUUUCUAGAUAGACUAGUAAGUACAUUGGAGGAAAAAAAGCAUCAUGAAGCGAAGUUAAAAGAGGGGUUGAAGGACUUGGCCAUCAGACGCAUGGAGCUGCAGAAUUCGUUAUCUUCAUCCUGGCCCAAGCAAGAAGCGGCUCUGGCAAAAACUAGGGAGCUGAAGAAGCUUUGUGAGAGUUCUCUGUCAUCCAUGUUUGAUGGAAGGCCCGUGAAUAUUAUUGGAGAGAUCAACACACUAUUAAAUAGCAGUAUCACUGUGUAGCUCGUCUAGUAACUGGUCAUCACACAAGAGUAGUGUAGUGUUUUUUGGUUAUCCCUACAAAGUCAAUAUGCUCAUUUGGCAAAGCUUACUCCUAAUUAUUGUUGCACCAAAUGCCAGAUAGUUCUCUUUGGGCUGGUCCCCAACAAUAAAUCCUCCAGAGUGAUAUUUGAAACUGGAUCAUAAAACAUAACUUUGCUUUCA